GUCUUGAGUCGAAAUUGAGCAACCCCCCAUGGAUUGACGCCCAAGUAGCUAGUAUCACUCACUGCUAAUUUUAUCCCUCUUCCAUUGCUCCACUUGAGCUCUGAGUCAAGGUGGUUCGCAAUCAAUGGAUAUCCUCGUCUCUGCAAUCGUGGGUGACCUCAUCAGCAGGUCUGCAUCGUUCGUGAUUAGCAGAUACUUCCAGCAGCAACCUGACAUCAAUAAGAUUCUACAGAGGCUAUGGAGUGUCCUACUGAGAAUCGGUAUCUUCGUCGAGGAGGCCGAGGCACGGCACAUCACCAACCAGGGGAUGCUCCGUCAGCUCAAGAUGUUGAGGCAAGGAAUGUACAGAGGCCACUAUGUUCUCGAUGCCUUGCGAUUCCAAGCCGCCCGCGGCGAGGAGGAGAUGAGCCACUCGUCAUCUGCACUGUCCAAAUCCAGUCCAACCAAAUGCCUUCGUUUCUCUCGCACCCGCAGUGGCAGCAGCAGCAGCAACAGAGAAGCACUGUUGUUUGGCACAAACAACAACAUACAAGACGAGCUGCAACGGAUGGUUGAUACCCUUGAAGACACCGUGGCUGGUAUGAAGGAGUUUCUUUUCUUCAUGGAGCUGUAUCCUCGGAUCCUCCGCCAACCUUAUGGUAUGUAUUUGCUAUUGGACAACUGCAUGUUUGGUCGCCAAAUGGAACGGGAACAGGUUCUGAAUUUCUUGCUUAGUCCUGGUGCUACAUCAGACUUGGCUGUACUUCCGAUUGUUGGUCCAAUAAGAGUAGGGAAGAGCACCCUUGUUGAACAUGUCUGUAGGGAUGAGAGUGUGCGCAGUCACUUCUCGAUGAUCCUGUUCUUUCCACAAGGUAGUCUCAGGGAUGAAGGGGUGGUUGACCUGAAAAGAAACAAUAUUAAUGGUCUAGUAAGAUAUCGAAACUCUGCUUCUCAGACCAGGUUGCUGAUUAUUGUUGAAAUAGCUGAGGAUAUUAAUGAAGGAACAUGGAGAAGGCUGAAAUCCUCCACAACCGGCAUGACACCGUGCGGUGGGAGCAAAAUUAUAAUAACCAGUCGAUCAGAUAGAAUUGUGAAUCUGGGAACAACGGAAGCACUUCGACUGGACUUUCUCCCUCCAGAAGCUUACUGGCAUUUUUUCAAGUCACUUGUAUUCAGAAGCACAAACCCUGAUGAGCAGCCAAAACUAGCAACAAUGGCCAUGGAGAUCGCUUUGGAACUGCGACAGGGUUUCACAAGCGCGCAUAUCGCUUCUGGGAUAUUGCGACAUAACUUUAAUGCUCGAUUCUGGUGCACAGUUCUUGAAUGUGUAAGAGAAAGUAGACAGACAAAUCUCAAUAUGUUUGGCCAGCACCCAAACCUUCGUUUACGGGAAGAUGCACCGGUGUAUUGUUGGAGAUUGGUGAAGAGCUGCAGAUAUUUCUUGAUUCACAACUAUCAUCAGUCAGAUUCCAGUGAGAAUGUCCCUAAGAUCAAUCUGAGGGACAUCGUCUUAGGAUCUGGUGGUAAACUACCCUGUGGAGAAUUUGAGGCUCUUGCAUGGAAGUCGCGCAUACCGCCCUACUACAACUACAGGGUAAGCUGUAAGAUGCAAGCACCACAACUUACAGUAGGAAGGAAGAAGCGUGUGCGUCAAGAGGAAGAACAUUUUGUUUGA